AUGUUCAAGGAAUUAUUGCUGACUUUUUUGUUACUCCAGAGCAGAUUCUUCUCAUUUCUUGUAGCUGAAAUUGAUGACGACGAUCUUGAACUUAUAGAAACUCCAGAUGACGAGUAUGAAGAUAACUUGGCCAGCAACAAUUCUUCUGCAAAUUCAACAAUAAACAAGGUAUUUUGUCAGGAUACUUUGCCUUACAGUGGGGGACCAGAUCCAGUGGCAAAAAAUGCACCAUUUUGCAUCCAGGAAGCAUCAAAAAAUGUGGCAAAACACCUCCCUCUCCAAGUGAAGAAAAGCGCGCCCGCUCUCUUUGUGAGAAAAAAGGGCGCGUCCUUCAAAAUGAAGUUUUUUCACUUGGAGAAGGAAGCAUUUUGCCACAUUUUUGAUACUUCCUGGAUGCAAAAGGGUACGUUUUUUUCACUGUACCUUACCGAACUUUUUAGUCAGCUUCUCCGAAAUUCGGCGCUACGAAACCAGAAAACGCAAACUGCAUUCGUUAUUGCACAUACCAUUGCGGAAGACUACGUCAUCAUAGCUGCAACAAUGUAGGGAUCAAUCCAAAACUCACAACCAGUGUUUAGGGAUGUUGCCAAGAGCAUGUUCAACCACAAGAGCUGUAUGUUGCCCGAUUGGAAAUAAUAUGUACUUUGAAUUGA